ACAGCUCAGUGUGAGGUAGCCGGUUAAGCCGGGAAAGGCACUCAAGCGUGAUUUUUCUUUGAACUUUCUCUUUCGAUGUGUUUCGAUUCACCGAGAUUACAACAGUGGUUUAAAGACUUCGCACACGCCCUCCACUCAGCUCCCCCAGGUGUUAACUCGGGGGACUUUGGAAACCCUGGAACCUGUGUUUCCAUCUUCUCCCAGGGCUCCCGGAGCGGCGCGGCCGAGGACGGCUGGAGGCCCGGGAGGAGGGAGAGCGCCAUGGCUGGGAGGAGGACGUGGGGUGCGGGCAGGCAGCGCCGGCUGCUGGGGCUGCUGCUGGCUGUGGCCGCCACCCACCUCCUCGCCUGCCCCUACGCCAAAGUGGAGGAGAGCUUCAACCUGCAGGCCACGCACGACCUGCUUUACCACCGGCUGGAUGUGGGCAAGUACGACCAUCUCGAGUUCCCCGGAGUGGUCCCCAGGACGUUCCUCGGGCCGCUGGCCGUGGCGGUGCUCUCCAGCCCUGCAGUCUACGUGCUGUCCCUGCUGGAAGCCUCGAAGUUUUACUCUCAGCUAGUGGUCAGGGCUGUGCUUGGACUCGGAGUUGUUUUCGGACUCUGGACCUUACAGAAGGAAGUGAGACGGCAGUUUGGAGCCACGGUGGCCACCAUGUUCUGCUGGGUGACGGCCACACAGUUCCAUCUGAUGUUCUACUGCACACGGACGCUCCCCAACGUGCUGGCCCUGCCUGUGGUCCUGCUGGCGCUCACGGCCUGGCUGCAGCUGAAGUGGGCCCGCUUCAUCCGGCUCUCGGCCUUCGCCAUCCUCGUCUUCAGAGCCGAGCUGAGCCUGCUGCUGGGCCUCGCGCUGCUGCUGCUUCUCGGCACCCGGAGGCUCUCCGUGGUGAAGGCCCUGCGCUGUGCCGUGCCGGCCGGGCUCCUCUGCUUGGGACUGACGGUGGCCGUGGACUCCUAUUUUUGGCGCUAUCUCGUGUGGCCAGAGGGAAAGGUGCUCUGGUACAACACGGUCCUGAACAAAAGUUCCAACUGGGGAACCUCCCCGCUGCUGUGGUAUUUCUACUCGGCCCUGCCCCGCGGCCUGGGCUGCAGCCUGCUCUUCGUGCCCCUGGGCGCCGUGGACAGGCGGGCGCUGGCGCUGCUGCUGCCCUCGCUGGGCUUCGUGGCGCUGUACUCGCUGCUGCCACACAAGGAGCUGCGGUUCGUCAUCUACGCCUUCCCGCUGCUCAACGUGGUGGCCGCCAGGGGCUGUGCCUGCCUGCUGAACAGUCACAGGAGGUCUUGGCUGUAUAAGGUGGGGUCCGUCCUUGUGAUAGGACACCUCUUGGUGAAUGCCACAUACUCGGCCAUAGCCCUGUACGUGUCCCACUUCAACUAUCCCGGUGGCGUGGCCAUGUGGAAACUGCAUGAGUUGGUGUCUCCCAGGACAGAUGUCGUUCUGCACAUCGACGUGGCUGCCACACAGACAGGUGUGUCCCGGUUUUUGGAGGUCAACAGUGGCUGGAGGUAUGACAAGAGGGAGGACGUGCGGCCUGGGUCAGGGCACAUGCUGACCUACACGCACCUCCUCAUGGAGGCCGCCCCUGCGCACCUGGCCCUCUACAGGGACACGCACCGGGUCCUGGCCGGCAUCGCGGGCACCACUGGCGUGAGUCUGAACCUGACCAUGCUGCCGCCGCUGGACGUGAACCUGCAGACAAAGCUGGUGCUUCUGGAGAGGCUCCGUGGGCCUUCCUGAGCAGGGGCCAGCG